AAGGAGGCGUCGGCCCAGCUACGUCGGUCUUUUGCAAUCGCCUUCGACCGGUGGACAGGGUCAGCUCACACACACACACACACAAAACCGGGACAGUCCUCUCGUUCACACACUUUUAUAGAGUCCGCUGUGGUUUUAACGAUGAUUAAAAACGGACAUCACGCCGCUCUGGAGGCCGAAGGAGCGGAAGCGUCUCACCGAGGAGCGGAGAAAAGGAAGAGAUUAGUCCGAGUGUGGUGUGACGGCUGUUAUGACAUGGUUCAUUAUGGUCACUCUAACCAGUUGCGUCAGGCGAAGGCGAUGGGUGAUUACCUGGUGGUUGGAGUUCACACAGACGGAGAGAUAGCGAAGCACAAAGGGCCGCCAGUGUUCACUCAGGAGGAGCGCUAUAAGAUGGUGCGAGCUAUAAAGUGGGUGGACGAGAUUGUAGAGGGAGCGCCGUACGUCACCACGCUGGAGACCCUCGACAAGUACAACUGUGAUUUCUGCGUGCACGGAGAUGACAUCACGUUAACAGUAGACGGAAAGGACACGUAUGAGGAGGUGAAACAUGCUGAUCGCUACAGGGAAUGCAAACGCACACAGGGUGUGUCCACAACCGACCUAGUGGGCCGCAUGCUGUUGAUGACUAAAGCUCAUCACGCCAACAUGGAUAACUCAGAAUACAAGCAGCAUGCAGAUAACUUCGGAAAGGGUCCUAAAGGCCACAGUCCCUGGACCGGCGUGUCUCAGUUUCUCCAGACGUCUCAGAAGAUCAUCCAGUUUGCGUCUGGUAAAGAGCCGCAGCCCGGAGACACCAUCAUUUACGUAGCCGGAGCUUUCGAUCUCUUCCACAUCGGCCACCUGGACUUCCUGGAGACGGUGUUCAAACAAGCCGAGAGACCCUACAUCAUCGUGGGACUGCACUUCGACCAGGAAGUGAACCGGUACAAAGGGAAGAACUAUCCAAUCAUGAACAUCCAUGAGAGAACUCUGAGCGUGCUGGCUUGUCGAUACGUGUCAGAAGUGGUGAUUGGGGCACCGUACACUGUGGGUAAAGAUCUGCUGGACCACUUUAAGGUUGACCUGGUGUGUCACGGAAAAACGGAGGUUUUCCCCGAUAAGGACGGAUCUGACCCUUAUGCUGAGCCGAGGAAGCGAGGAAUAUUCCGGACCCUGGACAGCAAGAACGACCUCACCACCGACGACAUCGUGCAGAGGAUCAUCGCUAACAGGCUGCAGUUUGAGGAGAGAAACCAGAAGAAGGAGGUGAAGGAGAUGGCCGUGAUCGAGGCUCUGAAGCACAAAGCUGAUGAAGAGAAAAACAAAGCUGCUGCUCAGUAACCUAGAAAAGAAAAAAAAAACUACAACCAAAGGGCUUGAAAACGUUCUCCUGUUUCUUUCCCCGCUCCUUUUCCCUCUGUCGUCUUCUCUCUGUCUGUACGAGCGCCUUUAACACGUCUCAGCGUCAGCGUGUCCGUUAGGGGGUGGAGCUCUGAUAGCUAGUAAAAAAAAAAAGUGCAAAGCUUUGUGACUGAUGUUCACACUAGCAAGUGUAGCUGGUGGGCGUGGCCUGUCCUGUGAAAAGUAGCUAUAUACAGCUUCCAAAGCUAGCUAGUUAAACAUGAAUGAAACGCACUAAUCAGCGUGAAAAUAACAUCCGCGCGAGUUAAACCGUUCCAGACGCAGAGACGUCAACGUUCCCUGCUACUUCCUCCUUCUCUCCGUACACGUUCGAUUAGAGGUCUGAUAGGAUGGCACGUUUUUUGCAUGAAAACAGGAAGUAACUGAAGGAUAAACGAGGAUUCAUUCGAGGCCAUUGUCUUUAGUGUCUAAGCUUAUUCGCAUAUUAAUGAAUAAAAUAAACGGUCGACUUGCUAGUGUGAACGUAUAAAGCACCCGGUUUACCCAGAAUGCCUUAGCACAGAUUUUUUUAUAUGGGGGGGGGACUCCUUUUAGCUCUCUCUUGACUGCAUCGGCUCAUCCUCCUGUAAUGGAAGGAGAGGAGAUGAUUUUAACGCUGCCUGUUAAAUGGGUGCAAACAUUUAAUCCAGUCUCUCUGUCUGAGAGCUUUGUAAAAACUCCUCAUCGUUUUUACUUUUCCAUUCGUUCACACACAGCGCUACAGAGCACUCUCUCCUCAUCUCAUCUCAUUUUAUCCAGCCUCGUUUUCUGCUCAUAGGAAGUGUGUAAGCUACACCCUGUGUGUGUGUGUGUGUGUGUGUGUGUGUGUGUGUGUGUGUUUGGGGCAUUAGAAUGUGGUGCUUCUAAAGGUCCUACUGGGUUCUGGUGGUGUUUAACGGCCACCUGAAAAUCUCCAGUGGAACCCAUUAAAGCCAGUUUACAUAAAGGAAACCGUUACAGAUUGUAAUUAUGGCUAACGGGUAACGCUAAUUAAGUCCAGUCGGCGUUACGUUACGGCAUCAGGGAUUGUCUUUGUGGAAUAUUUCUGUGGUACUGUUUCUCCACACUCUAGUUUAUAACUGGUCAACCAAGUAACACACCGUAUUCAAGUGGGACGUCGGAAAUUUCCGGACUUUCGCUAGGGAAAAGUUAUUUGGAUGCCACUCACGCUCUCAGACAGGAAAUCUUUUUUAAUCUUUUAGAUUUUGGAGAUGAUUAAAUAAGCUGAGUUUUGUACUGAAGAGCAGUGGCUUUUAGCAUCCAAGAAAUGGUUCAGCUUCAGAAUCCACACCAUAAUAAUAAUCACGUGAUCAGGACAUACAGAUGUUUUAAGAAAGUUCUAGCAUUUAAAAAAAAAAAAAAAGUUCAAGAAAUGUCCCAAGUAGAACCGUGUUAGAACUGUGAGAUGCCUCGAGGAACCCUUUUUUUUUUUUUUGAGAUUUUAAGAACAAAAAAGAUAUUAAUACCUUUUUUUAAGCAAAGUUUUCAUUUAACUCAAUCCAAAUCGAUCACUGUGGAAUUCCAACAUAAGUUUUAUUUUUUUUUAAACACCAAGUGCGUAAUUUGAAGAUUUUAUUCAGAAUCAUAGCAAGAUUUCUGUUUUUAAAUGAUGCUUUUCAUUUCUAAAAGCUAUUUUAACAGCAAUAAACAACCCCACAGAAUUGAAACUGUGAGGCGUCUGGCGUGUUUCCAACGUGAAAUUUCCCGGAUCUCGGCUUAUUUUCAUUUUAUUACAUUAACAGUGGAAUAUAAAAUGAAGUGAACUGGUUCGUUCUUCUGUACACUUCUCCACAUAGUAAGAAAAAUAAAUAAUAAGGGUUUAUUUAAGAAAAUAUAAAUGACGGUUUAAAUAACAGAAGAGUGACAGAGGUCCUGGAUUUUAACGUCCAUCAUGAAUGAUUUCUAACUGAUCUCAUCAUAGUGAAGAGGAUUAGCUGCUUUACACACACUGGGAGCACUGGGAGUGGUGAUGGUCAGGAUGAUCAUGUGGGAGGGAAAAAAAACAAAGCUCAUGAAUGUUCACCUCGUGGAUUUGCCAUAUUUAUUCUAAUCUGCUGUUAUCAGGCUGUGUGUGUGGUUUAGUGUUUUUUUUUUUGGUUUGAUUGUUUUGAAUUCUUGGUACUCAGUGUUAGUAUCAGCAACAUGAAUACACUAAGCCGUGUUUUGUGUUUUGCGUGCUCGCACCCAGUCCAGUACAACCUCAGCUGUAGUUUGGUUAAAGGAAAACAGUCGACUUCAUAAGCGGAGAUUUUUUUCAGAAGAGAUAUUUUUUGUUUUUCCAUCUGGGAGAUGAAAGGAAAGGAAAUGUCAUGGCUUCAUAGCAGUCGGAGAGGAAAUAAGUUCAGUUUGUUUCUAUUGUUCUUCAUGUCCUACUGUCACGUGUAUUGAUUACUGAUCUCAUAAACACGCCAAUAAACCAGGUACCAAGAACA